GGUGGGCAGAGUUGGGAGUGAGGGUAAAGAGCGAGGAAAGAAGGGAGGUUUUUAGAAAGCUGGGCGGGCAGGGUCCCUGUGACCCAGGCUUUCACUUCUCCUAAACACCCCAAGACACCAUGUGACGCAGCUCCGCCGCAGAAGGAGUGAAAGGGGAAGCUAGGGGCUCCCUGAGUUUCUCAAGAAGCAGAGAGCUGGACAGAGGCUGAGCCCGGAGGGAGAGGGACUGGGAGGGGUGGCAGGGGAGGCAGUCUCCGGACAGACGGGGAAGAGGUGGAGGAGACAGCGGGGUGGUGGGGGCAGAGGGAGCGCCUGUGAGAGGAUCCCUCUCCCUUAAGUAAGGGCCAGGUGUCACCAGAGAGGGGACAACGGUUAAGAAAAGGCGACCAACCGGGGAGACCAACAGGAAAGGAGGGGGAGGGGCAGAGACGAAAAGAGAGAAGGGUGGGCAGUGAGGACCGGUGGCGAAAGGAGGAAGAGUUAGGGGCGGGAAGAGGGGAGAGGAGAGAAUUAGGGAGCGGGAGGUAGCAUCUGGGUAGCCCUAGAGGACAGAAGGGGCGAGAAGGACAGGGAGAGGGGACAGGGGAGCAGAGGGGGAAAGGAGAGGAAGGGGACCGAAGGGGGUGAAAAGGAGGGAGGAGUGGAAAGGAGAAGAGUGAGGCCGCGCGGGAGGGGCGGAGGACUCGGGAGCGGGCGGGGGGUAGGAGAAGCGCAGCGCGGGGCCAGGAUGCCCGGGCCGCGCUCCCGGGGGGAGCCCGGCGAGUCCGAGGAGCGCCGGCCGCUGCUGGCGCGCAGGCCGCGAAGGCCCCGACGGUGGUGGCAGGCGGCGGCGGCCGCGGUGCUGGUCGUGGAGAUGCUGGAGCGCGCCGCCUUCUUCGGCGUCGCGGGCAACCUCGUGCUCUACCUGAACAACGCCGACUUCCACUGGGCGGGCGAGCAGGCGUCCCGCGCCGCGCUCGUCUUCCUGGGCGCCUCCUACCUGCUGGCGCCCGUGGGCGGCUGGCUGGCCGACGUGUACCUGGGCCGCUACCGAGCCAUCACGCUCAGCCUGCUGGUCUACCUGGCCGCCUCCGUCCUGCUGGCCGCCACCGCCUACCCCGACGGCCGCAGCUCCUUCUGCGGCGAGAUCAGCCCUGUGCCGCUGAGGCCCGCCUGCCACUCGCCCGACUGCGGGCACACCUCGCCACCUCCCUACUGCGCGCCCACCCUCUACGCGGUGCUGCUGCUGCUCGCCCUGGCCGCCAGCUCGGUCAGGAGCAACCUCACCUCUUUCGGUGCCGACCAGGUGAUGGAUCUUGGCCGCCAUGCCAACCGCCGCUUCUUCAACUGGUUUUAUUGGAGCAUCAACGUGGGUGCUGUGCUGUCGUUGCUGGUGCUGGCCUUUAUCCAACAAAACAUCAACUUCCUACUGGGCUACGGCAUCGUCGUGGGCUGUGUGGGCCUGGCCUUCUUCAUCUUCCUCUUUGCCACCCCCAGCUUCAUCACCAAGCCCCCCACAGGCAGCCAAGUGUCCUCCAUGCUCAAACUUGCUCUCCAAAAGUGCUGUCCCUGGCUGUGGCACCGACACUCGGCCAGAGACCCUCCAGGUGCCCAGUUGCUACCUGACCAGAGGUCUCCCCAGCCUGGUGCUUCCCCACAAGAAGACAUCGCCAACUUCCAGGUGCUGGUGAAGAUCUUGCCUGUCAUGGUGACCUUGGUGCCCUACUGGAUGGUAUACUUCCAGAUGCAGUCCACGUAUGUCCUGCAAGGUCUUCACCUCCGUAUCCCAAACAUCUUCCCAGACUACCCUGCCAACAGAUCCACGGCUCUGAAAACCCAGAGCAGCAGCGGCUACAAGAUCCCAGAAGCCUGGCUCCUCCUGGCCAACGUGGUGGUGUUGCUAAUACUGGUGCCCGUGAAGGACCACCUGCUCGAUCCUUUACUGCUGCGCUGCAAGCUGCUUCCCUCGGCUCUGCAGAAGAUGGCGCUGGGGAUGUUCUUUGGUUUCACCUCGGUCAUUGUGGCAGGAGUCCUGGAGAUGGAGCGUUUAGAGUACAUCCAUAACAACCAGACAGUGUCACAGCAGAUUGGGCAGAACACGUACUACGCAGCACCACUGUCCAUCUGGUGGCAGACCCCUCAGUAUCUGCUUAUUGGGAUCAGCGAGAUUUUUGCCAGCAUCCCAGGCCUGGAGUUUGCAUACUCAGAGGCCCCGCGCUCCAUGCAGGGUGCCAUGAUGGGCAUUUUCUUCUGCCUGUCCGGGGUGGGCUCGCUGUUGGGCUCCAGCCUGGUGGCACUGCUGUCACUGCCGGGGGGCUGGCUGCACUGCCCGGAGGACUCUGGGAACAUCAACAAAUGCCGGAUGGACCUCUACUUCUUCCUGCUGGCUGGCAUUCAGGCUGCCGCCGCCUUGCUGUUCAUUGGGAUCGCUGGUCGCUACGAGAGGGUGGCCCAGGGCCCAGCCUCCCAAAGCUGUCCAAAGAGGGACGGUGGCUGAACACGGCGCCCACCCCACCCCAUCCCCUCUCUCCCUCAACACAGACAGCUGCAGGCCCAGCUGGGGUUUUCUUCUCAGUUUAUUCUGUACCCAACAUAAGGAUGAAAUUGUUCUCAUAAAUAAGAGC